AAAGGCAAGGCACAAAGAGAAGAGGGGAGAACCACUGGAUGGAUAUUUGGGAGGAAAGAGAGGAAAUGGAGAAUCCCAAUGCUGAGAGACCCAGACAGCAGAGCUCACUGUACUCGUCCUCUGUGACCAGUUAAAAUAACCCCUCACCCUCUCCCUCCAUCCCUCCCUCUCUCCCUGUCUCUCUUCCCAAAUCAAACGCACAACCAAAUCUUCUGCCCACUCCGUCCCCAAAUUCCACUAACCAAUAAAAGAUUCCAUCUUUUUCAUCAAAAGUUCCCGACUCGCAGAUCAGGACUGAGUGUGGUGCGCAUGAGGGUUAACCAGGUUGAGGCCCCCCGAGACGAGCACGGAUCGUCGAUCCUGGAUCUUGCCAGGGCCGACAUCACCGAAUCAUCCACCAAAACUAGAAACUGUGCUGCUUGUCCUGGCUCUGGGUCUGGGUCAAUGGAGUUUCAGUCGCCAUACCCAGACCAAGUCCUCGAGAAUGUCCUGGAGAACGUCCUCCACUUCCUCACGGCGCGCCGCGACCGCAACGCUGCCUCAUUGGUCUGCAAGUCGUGGUACCGUGCUGAGGCCCUCACCCGAUCCGAACUCUUCAUCGGUAAUUGCUAUGCGGUGUUGCCGCGCCGCGCCACCGCCCGCUUUACUCGGGUUCGUUCCGUCGCAAUUAAAGGGAAGCCGAGGUUCGCAGACUUCGAUCUGAUGCCGCUCAACUGGGGGGCCCACUUUUCGCCGUGGGUCGCUGCCAUGGCCACGGCUUAUCCUUGGCUGGAGAAGGUUUAUCUGAAGCGCAUGUCUGUGACGGACGAGGAUCUGGUUCUUCUCUCUGAAUCGUUCCCCGGCUUCAAAGAGCUUGUCCUUGUAUGCUGCGAAGGGUUUGGGACCAGUGGACUUGCCGCCGUUGCCAGCAGAUGCAGACAGCUGAGAGCACUUGAUCUUGUUGAAUCGGAGGUCGAGGACGAUGAAGUGGAAUGGCUAUCAUGUUUUCCAGACAAUCAAACACAUUUGGAAUCUCUUGUUUUCGAUUGCUUACAGUUCCCUGUUAAUUUCGAUGCAUUGGAGAGACUUGUGGCUAGGUCACCUUCGUUAAAGAAACUUAGGUUGAAUGGAUUUGCUACCAUCUCUCAGCUUUACCGCCUGAUUAUUCGAGCGCCACAGCUCACUCAUCUUGGAACAGGUUCAUUCAGUGCAUCAGAGGCUGUAGCUGCCGGUGAUCAGGAACCAGAUUAUGCCUCUGCAUUUGCAGCUUGUAAAUCCUUGGUUUGUCUAUCUGGAUUCAGGGAUAUUUUCCCAGAUUACCUGCCUGCAAUCUAUCAAGUUUGUCCCAAUCUCACAUCUUUGAAUUUCAGCUAUGCCAAUAUUAAUGCUGAACAACUGAAAUCUGUCAUUUGCCACUGUCAUAAACUGCGGACAUUAUGGGUCCUUGAUUCAAUAUGUGAUGAAGGCCUUCAAGCAGUGGCUGCAACUUGCAGGGAUCUUCGUGAGCUUCGAGUUUUUCCUGAAAAUGCUAAUGAGCAUGCUGAGGGGACAGUUUCCGAGGUGGGCCUUCAAGCAAUUUCUGAAGGUUGUAAUAAAUUACAAUCAAUUUUGUAUUUCUGCCGAAGAAUGACAAAUGCAGCUGUAGUAGCCAUGUCAAAGAAUUGCCCAGAUCUAGUAGUAUUUCGUCUUUGCAUCAUUGGGCGAUACCUGCCAGAUGCGGUGACUGGGGAGCCCAUGGAUGAGGGUUUUGGUGCUAUUGUUAUGAAUUGUAAGAAGCUCACUCGACUUGCUGUAUCUGGUUUGCUGACUGACCGAGCUUUUGGUUACAUUGGGAAAUAUGGGAAGUUGGUUAGGACACUGUCAGUUGCUUUUGCCGGUGACACUGACAUGGGGCUUAAAUAUGUUCUAGAGGGAUGCCAUAAUCUGCAAAAACUUGAAAUCAGGGAUAGUCCAUUUGGGGAUGAAGCUUUACAUUCUGGUUUGCAUCAUUAUUACAACAUGAGGUUUGUCUGGAUGUCAUCUUGUAAACUGACUCGCCAUGCUUGCCAAGAAGUCGCACGGGCACUGCCUCAUCUGGUGGUGGAAGUGAUUAGAAGUGAAGAGAGAAAUGCUGAUGAUACUGUUGAGAUAUUAUACAUGUAUCGAUCCCUUGAUGGACCAAGAGAUGAUGCUCCCAAAUUUGUCACCAUCAUGCAGUAGACUCUAAAUUUGAGGAGUUGUCAGCUUAUUUCUAUGGUGGCUGCCGAGUGGAAUUGUAGAGCAGGAAAUUUUUAUGAAAACCUGCCUGAAGAAUGGUGCUAUCCAUGUCAAACAAAGCUGAGCUAGCAAUUUGUUUUUUCUUUUUCGGCCUGGGCUACUGAGAUGGCAUGCCAUGAAGGGACUAUUGUGAGAAUGUGUUUCUCUUUUCUCAUUAUUGUUUGUUGCAGAGGACUUGGGAGGAGGACGCUAGGAAACAUGGGGGGGGCGGGUGGGGGAGACGAUGUAGAAGAUGAAUAUCCACGGGUAUUGGACCAUCUGAUGUUGGAUCGCUCUACACUUUGAAUUCAUGUCUUUUUUCCUUCUAGAUUCAUUUGAUCAUAAAGGAAGACCACCGGAGGAGGGGGCGGGAUUGCCAAAACUGCUCUGAGCAGUGCUUACAUAAAAUUCAUCUUCUCAGAUGGUGUCCCCCGGGAAGCUGAUUCAGAAGGGUAUCAAAAUUGAAGGGUUGGAGGGGUGACAUCCUCUUAACUUUUCUACCAUAGCAAUAGAGAAACAAAGCAUUCACUUUGUAAGAACUUAGUUUGUUUAUUUUGAUUCAAAUGGCAGUUAGGUUAAGCUGUAGCUGGUGAGGACUAAAUCCCUGGACCGAAUAUACACAUCUCGAUCUCUCCCCUAUCUCUCAGAAGUUUGUUCUUUUUCUUUUUUCAAUUUAUUUUUCCGGACGUGUUGCUGUAGUUCCUGACUCUUGAAUUUAUUGUUAUUGUUAGUAAUUGUGAGAUGGCUAAUAAAUGCCAGAAUAUGCAGGGUCCAUAUAAUACCAGAUGCUUAGUGCGAC